AUGGCGGCAUCUUCGAGUGAAAACGAUGCACCAAGUCCCAUUGAAGACCUUCCUACGGAAAUUCUCUCACAAAUUCUUUUACGGCUCCCCAACAUCAAGUCCUUAUUACGAGCAAAACUCGUGUGCAAGUCAUGGUUUACCCUCAUAUCAUCUUCGGAAUUCACCCAUGUUUAUAAUCUCCGCGCUAACAAUUCUCUCCUUGUAUAUCCCAAUUUCGAUCUUAAUAGCAAGCUCAGUCUUUACGCAGCCGAAGUCAAUGGCAACGACUUUUCGAAGGCGGAGAAAAUUCAGCUUCCUCCAUACCUAUACGAUGAGUUGGGAUUAAUUAUGAUUGUUGCUUCGUGCAAUGACUUGUUACUUUGCAUCUUUGGUAGUGACUCUACUUUGAUCUUACUAAAUCCAUUAACUCGUCUUUACCACGUUAUUCCUCGCUUCGAUUUUUAUGACAAUUUCCUUAUUUAUGGACUCGGAUAUGGAGUCGGAUAUGAUCAUAUAAAUGAUGACUACAAAGUUGUUAUUUUUGGUAGUGAUUCUUGGACAACGGCCAAUGCAGGCGUUUUCUUAUACAGCCUAAGAGAUGAGUCAUGGCACCGUAUAUGUUACUCAAAUAAUCAAGAAAUAAGUACUCUAUCCGGGUACUUUUGUCCAACUAUUAGGAUGAUUUCAGGAAAUCUGAAACCUGCUGUUGUUACCAAUUGUUUGUUGCAUUUUGUAUAUGAUUGCAAAAAAAUUGUCAGUUUUAAUGUUUGCAACGAAAAUUGGAGUGAAAUUCCGGCACCCGGUGUAGAAGGUUACAUACAAGAUAUAGGGGUUUUAGAUGGUUCGUUGAGCGUCCUAGAGGGAAAAGAUUCACAAGAUAGUGUUUCGAGCCCAGGGAUCAAGCUAUGGGUGAUGAAAGAGUACGGUGUUAAAGAAUCAUGGGUUUUGUUAUUAAGUGUCUCGGACUUGUAUCCAAUUAGGUCUUCGUUAACUAGUGUCCCUUUGGCUAUUUCGAGUGACAAGAACGAAAUUCUACUGCAUUUGAAACACAACCGCCGGACAUUCAGUUAUGUAUGGUACAAUUUGAAAGAGAAUAAUACUAGAAAAGCUCAAAUUGGCCCACUGCAAGAAUACGUUUCAAUCAAGAGUACAUUUCCUGUUACGGAUAUGAACAAGUUCAAUAAGAAAAACAAGGUACAUAACGUAAUAUCUAAUAUAUAA